GUUUUUUUUGUUUAUGAGCAACUUCCAGACUACCAGUCUUCGGACUGCGGAGUUAUUGUUUUGUUUACACGCAUUCAUACAAAAGGGAGCCGACAUCUCCCUUCUCUUGGCAGCCUAGGCAUAACGAUCUGCAGAUAGAGAGACAGAGGUUCAAGUCAGUGUUUCUUCGUCAACGCUGCGAUAUAACUCUUGCCAAGGAGGAUGGGUAACGCGGCGAGCGUGCAGUGUCUUUUAUCCGCCCUGGGCGGAAACCCCAGCCUCCUGGCCCUUCCCACACAACCCGGUUACUACCCGAAUAUUGUGCAACCCUACAAUUUGGAUCACCAAGUUCUCCCUGCAGUGGUAACAUUUCCUCAGACAUCAGCGCAAGUUGCCGGGGUUGUCCAAUGCGCGGCGCGACACGGUUAUAGGGUGCAGGCAAAGAGCGGUGGUCACAGCUACGGCAACUAUGGAUCAUCCACUGGCGAGGUGUCGAUCAACCUCUCAAACAUGGGGCACUUUUCCAUCGAUAGCAAAACCUAUCGAGCCACUAUGGGUCCCGGCCUGCAGCUCGGCCAAGUCACCGAGCAACUGUUCAACUCCGGCAAGCGAAGCAUUGCUCACGGAACAUGUCCGAGCGUGGGUCUCGGCGGGCACGGAACCGUGGGCGGAGCGGGGCCGUCUGCGCGUCUCCACGGGCUGACUAUCGACCACGUCGAGGAGAUGGAGGUGGUUCUCGCAAACGGGACCAUUGUGAGGGCGUCCAGUUCCAAAAAUUCGGACCUCUUCUUCGCCAUGAGAGGCGCCGGGGCCAGUUUCGGCAUCGUGACCGAGUUUGUCUUCCGCACGGAGCCUGCACCGGCCGAACUUGUCAACUAUGUCUACGAGUGGACUGCACGCGACGUGAAAACAAGGGCGCAGGUGUUCAAGUCCUGGCAGAAGUUCAUCGCCCGUUCGAACCUCCCGCGAGAGUUCUCGUCAACCAUGACUGUCAGCCCCUCCGCCAUCAUCAUUGCUGGCGCAUAUUUUGGGCCACAGAAGGCCUUCAAUGCUCUCGGGUUCAUCGGUUCUUUCCCACCUCCGCAGGUCUCCCAGGCGACCGUAUCCACAAACUGGCUGCAGGUGUCUGAGUCGUGGGGCCAGCAAAUUCAGGAUUCCGGUAUCGCGUCGCCGUCGUACUUUUACGCCAAAUCACUCGGUUUCACGCCGCAAACGCUGAUAGCCGACGCGACUGCCGACAGGAUGUUCCAAUACCUGGCCACAGCAGAGAACGGCACCGAUCUCUGGGCCGUCAACUUUGAGGUCGGAGCCGGCGCGAUCAAUGAUGUCGCAGUCGGCGCCACGGCGUUUCCCCACCGCGACAAGCUCUGGUGGAUGCUCUCGUACGCAAAAACCAGGGGCCCCGUGUCGCAGACAACGGUGAACUUCCUCGCCGGCCUCAACAAUGUCGCCACCAGCGGCAAGCCGACCGCCGUCUAUGGAGAAUAUGCCGGCUACGUUGAUCCGAGGGAGGACAAUGACAGGGCGCGGAUGGAUUACUGGGGGCCCAAUUUGCAGAGGUUGAGGAGGAUUAAAGCGGCUGUGGACCCGUUUGAUAUCUUCCACAACCAGCAAAGUGUCUAGGUUGGGAUCUUGGGGUCCUUGGGCACUUCGCCAUUUCUGUCCAUUUCCGCAUGUCGAGAUAGCGCAGCUGUUGAAGGGGGGGGGGUUGGGGCCUUGACUGUGUGCUUCGAGUCGAUGCGAUUUAAUUACCUUUUUAAUGACUUUGAACACUGUAUAUAAUUUUGAACUCAAUAUUUCGGACCCUAUCCUGAGUUAAGGGCAGGUACUGCUGGUAAAGACAGGAGAUGCGUGGACUCAGGGGCUUAGUUCUUCAAGUUUCAGGGUAAAUAAUUCUUCAAAAGCUAAUCCGUAUCAUCCGUCCA